ACUCCGCCCCUCAGGCCACGCCCCUCCCAGCUGCACAGUCUUACAAAACCAGCGCGCGUGCUCCAUCAGUCAGAGCUAGCUGCACUGAAACAACAACAAAAACUACGAUGGGACUGACAGUUAAAGUCGAAUACUGUGGUAACUGAGGUUACGAACCCCGCUAUCGGGAUCUCGCCAUGGCAGUCAAGGAUGAGUUUCCCGAGGCGGAGGUGACAGGCUUUGUGGGAAGAACAGGCAGCUUUGAGGUUGAAAUCAACAAUCAGCUGGUCUUCUCCAAGCUUGAGUUGGGCGGCUUCCCAUAUGAUGAGGAUAUAAGAAAGGCGGUGGAGAGCGCCUUUGACGGGAAGACCGUGGAGAAGAUCGGCAAAAGCCGGCCGCCAUGCGUCAUCCUGUAAAUCAGUUCGUCCUGCUCUACCAUCAGCGGCUGCAUCAACACAGGCCAGUGCAACUGUUCACUGCCAACACCACGUUUGGCCUACUUCCACCUUUUUGAUACGGGCAGUGAUGGAAACCACCACCCUUUUGCACAACCACAAAAGAGAUGCAAUGUGAUGACUGGCUGAUUUCUUUGACGCAGAACAUCAAACUCCUCUCUGCGCUCUGACUCCCCCCUCCUAUCUUCAUGCUGGAGCUCCAGGCUGUUAAUGAUUACUCUAGCCUAAAACCUAAAGGUUAGUGUAUGAUGGAUUCAUGCCUGGAGUUUCUACUUUGGAAAGGCUGAGACUGGGAGAAGAUGUUGCAGAGAGGUUUCUAGGAGCUCACUUUAAUCCUCAAACAACCUCAUUGCCUGGAAUUUUCUUACCGUCUCAUUAAUGUUCUUUUUCCUUGAUUUCACUGCAGUUACAGUUUCCUAUGUGUGCACAAUAGUGGUGCAUACUUCUGAAGCAUAAAGGGAAACUCAUUGUUGCUGCCUGUGUACAUCUAUGCUAAACUCCACUGUUUGUAGACUUUUGUGUCAACCAAUGAGUGAAACCGGGUUUGCACUAUUUAUGUCAAAGUUAAAUGUUUCAGAUAAGCUCUUCAAACUGGUUCAGAGCGGUCAUCAGAAGUGCCACUGAAGACCACCACCCACUGGUCUGUCAGCUCACACUUCAGAUGCCGCCUCAUUCCCUUUCUCAACAUAUCAUCUCGCACUUUUUGUUCAAAUGUCAAAACUGUAAACUUGAAAUAAAGGUACAGCUUGUUUAAGCA